AUGAACAUUGCUAGUACGGAAGAGACUCUUCCCAUGGAAGUAAAAAUGAUAAUAUUCGAGUACUUAUCGAUAGUAGAAUUGAAUCAUUUGAGGAUUGUUUGUAAAGAAUGGAAUGAUACACUUUGUUCAUCAAAGUCUAAUUUGAUUUGGUCAGAUUUGAUUAACAAUAUGAAAGGUGGAAAAUUAUUAUUUAUUCCAAAUGAUGAUGGAAAAAUUGUACAAUUAACGAAUAGUCAGCUGAGAAAAUUGGCUAAACUUCUUUACUUGAAACAACAAUCUUCAUUAAACUUGUAUAAUUUGAUCAGACAAAGAGCAACUGAACCACAAAUUAUUGAAGAUCCUUCCGAUGAGGACAGUGAUAUGGAUUCUACUGAUGAGGAAAAAUCAAACGAACAACAAGAAACAAAUACCAUUAUUGAAAAGGUAACUGAUUUCCAGCUCAUUCCACAGAAAGAACUUAUUACAGAAGAUAUUCAACAGAUUCAAAAUAAUUCAAAGGAAAAAACCUUGUUAUCAAGAGGAUUGGAAGCCAGCACAGUUGAUAAUGCUUCACAAAAUAUUGAUUGUACAAGGGAUGUAAGAAGUAGAAGAAAGUUUUGGUCUUCUAAAGGAAGUAAAACCACCCAAGUCAAUGAGCAUUUAAUUUAUCAAUUGCAAGAUCCUUGGUUUGUUGUGGAAAGAGAAAGAAAAUUAGCAAAGCUAAAAUCAUCCACUUAUGGAUAUCUUGAUAUCAUUCAUAAAUAUGUAAAUACUUCUCGUGAAGAAAAUCCAAUGGAUGAUUUGGACCACAUCAAUCAAUAUUCAAAUAUUGGAAUACUAUACCUGGAAAGGAUGAGCAUUUGUCCAUUUGUUGCUAGUUGGCAAAGCAAUAACUGCUAUUCACCUAAAUUUGUAUCACUCUCAAUUGGAAAAUCAUCUGACAAGAAUUCAUUUAUCAAAAUUACUCAAGAUAUGCCAGUUGAACAAAAUGGUGAUUUUCAACAAUUCGCACUAGGUCCACUGGUUAUCAUCUAUGAAAGAGCAUUUAAUUCAGAUAAUGAGGAUGACCUAUUGGUGAAAUCAAAGGUACCUAUCGUGCAGGAGGAAGUCAGGGAUGAUACUAUGGACGAUGAAGAAGAAAACUUUGAAACAGAAGAUGAAGAGGAGGAAGAAGGAGAACAAGGAAGACUAAUGAUUUCUGUGGAGGAUGCCAUGUUGGCCUUGGAAGAAUCUGGUGGAGUGUUCAAUGCAAGAUUUAUGGAAGUAGUUCAACAACUUGUAAGGGAAAGAAUGAGAACGCAAGAAAUGGAACAAGAGGAAAACAAAAUGCUGAGUCAACUUACCUGCAGAGAACAUGGGGAUCUUAUUCUACGAGCUGAUUUGAUUGGAAAGGUAUCAUCACUACAAGAUGACGAUAUGGAUUUUAGCAUUCGUACUCAUCACUCUCUCAACACACCAUUAACUUCUCCUAAUUCUCCUUCCAUGUCCUCUACCAUUUCAACUCCUUCCUCAGAACCCUAUCAUCCCAGCCUCAUUCUCCAAUCAGAACUUCCUCUCUCUCAUAUUAAAGUGGUGAGGAAUCGUGAGGAAAUUCUCUCUCCUUGUGUUUCUGCUGGCAGACAUCAUCAUCACAUACCAGGUUCAGCAUCAUCUCUUGGUGGAGGAAGCACAUUUGGUUCAUCAACAUCAUUGAAUGGCUUGUUAGACAAUGAAGAUUCUAGUCCCACAGAUAUCAUGUCCUAUAAUGUGCCUCCACCAACCAUUGUACCUCCAUCAACAUUCAUAGAACCAAUAACAAAGAGUGGAGUAGUGCCAUGUGGUAGUGUUGAUGAUAAUAAUAAUACUGACGACCAUCAUACAACAACAUCCCUCGAAGCAGCUGCUGAAGAACUUCUUCAUACGUUGGAAACUUCAAAUAAUCCCAAGUCAUUAGAGGCUGCCAUAACAACAUUCAUUGAACAGGAGACCACUAGAAGAAGAUCUACUGUUGAUAAGGAGGAUAUUGCAAUACUACAGGAAAUUGCUGCAGCCUCUUCUCAAUUGGCUUCUAAUACAACAACAACGGAAGAAAAAAUUGAAACUCUUUCCGAAGUAGUACCAAGAAGGCUAACCAUUACUUCAUCAUCUGAAGAAAUUAAUAGAAAUGAGGAGGUAAACAAUAACUACAAUACACUAUCAUUAGAAGCUUCAUCAACAAAUAAUAACAAACCAUUUAGAUUCAUGCAAAAAAGACCAUCCUUUAUUAAUCCAGAAUUGAUGAGUAUGCUCUUUUCUUCGUUAUUAUCCCUUCAGGAUUUAAAACCGAGUGAUAAUCAGGUGGCUGGACAUGGACAAAAGGACGGAGAAGAACAUUUAGUGGUUCGUCACUUGAGAGACAAAAUUUACAAGCCAAUUAAUACAAAAUCGAAACGUGCUUUUGAUGAAGUCAAAUUCUAUGAACAACAGGCUCCAAAAAUACCACUUUUAGAGCCUUUUCUGCCCAAAUAUCAUGGUGUUCAGACAGUGAAGGAGAAUGACCAACAAUUUUUGGUUUUGGAGGAUUUAACUGCACCUUUCACAAAUCCGAGCUUGUUGGAUAUUAGAAUGGGAAGGAGAGUUUAUGGAGAUGAUGCCAGUUUGGAAAAGAUUAAAAUGUUUGAAGAAAAGUACAUUUAUCAAAAAGAGUUAGGUUUUGGCUUUAGUGGCAUGAAGGUUUACAAUACUGAUCCAGAAUUUUCUAAAAUCAACAAGAGCAAGCACAUAACACACAAAGAUCAAAAGUAUAAAGUCUAUGAUAGAUAUUGGGGAAGACUAUGUAAACCUGGAGAAGAGUCCACUGAGGCACUGGAUGCCUUUUUCUUUGAUACUUCAUAUGUAGAUAGCGAAGUUGUAGGUAUCAAGACAGUGAAAAGUAUAUUGAGUCAAUUGAAACAAUUGGAAGAGUUAUUCAAAACUCAUCAAUUGAUUUUUAGAGUUUACUCGAGUUCACUAUUCCUAGUUUUUGAUGCAGAUAAAGCAAUAGUGAGGAUGAUUGAUUUUGCUCACGUUCACGAAAACAAAGAACCAUCAAUUGAUGAAAAUUAUCUGUAUGGUUUGUCUAAUCUGAUUAACUAUAUUGAGGAGGUAUUAAGGCGAAAAGACGCUAGUCUUUGAAAUAGUAGUCUCUUCCAAAACAUUUAUUGCAAUAAGUCCAUUUUCUUUUGAUUUAUGGAGAAACCUAAGGAUGUAUUAACCUAAAUGCUUCUGUAAAAAAAGGAAUCAAACACAAGCAAUUAAUCCAACCAAAGGAACUUCAUUUUUAUUUCAAUUAAUAAUAAUUCCUUUAUUUUUA